AUGGCCCCAGCGCUCAAGGCCAUGGAGCGCGCCUCGUUGGCCACCGAAAAGGCGAGCGAGCAGAUGGAAAAGGCCGCCGCGGAGUUUGAGAAGCUCUCCGUGCAGACGAACAUCGAUCUGCCUCGAACUUUAGAGGAGAUGGAGAAGGCGAGCGAGGAGUGGGACGCGCUGGGCGAGGAGCUGAGGGAGAUCAUCGGCAACGUGGAGCGAUGGGGCAAGUUCAGCGGCGCGGAGGAGGCGCUGACGAAGCUCACGGAGAGCAUCCUCGAGGAGCCGAGCCGAGCCAUCGACGGAGCCAGGGACGAGGCGGAGUCGUACCUGAAGCGACUCACCAACGACUUCGACCGCGCGAUGGGGCAGCUCAGCGAUUGGGAGCGGCAGCUGAAGGGGGCGGUGGAGGGGUGGGAGCAGUCUUGGGACGAGAAUGCGAGGUUCAUCGACGACGGACUCGACGGCUCGGGCGACGACGUCGACGUCAAGGCGAGGGACGAGAUGAUCGAACGGCGCAACGCCAGGCGGGCGAAAGUGAAGGAGGCGCUCGCCGCGGCGGAGGCGGCGACGGAGCAGGCGCGGGAGGCGAGCAGGGCGCUGCUGAGCGACGAUUCGGGGGACGACGCGAACGGCGGGGAGGAUGCACAGACGAAGGAGGAGAAGCUGCUGGAGAUGGGGAAGCAGGCGGAUGAGGUGAGCCAGCGCAUGAAGGUGGCACUGCUCGCCAUGGAGGAGGCCAAGGGUGAGACAAACUCGGCGAGGGACUCGUGGAAGUGA